CCAUACCAAAAAAACCCAAUAAUUAUUAGCUAUGAGUGUUUUAUUAUCUAGACUUGGAUUCUCCAAUAACCAACAUAACCGUCACCCCAACCGCAACAUGUUAGAAUCCAAUUUGGCUUCAUUACAAGCCUACCGAUCUUUAGUAUCCGAAAACUUAAACCGGUUAUUGGAAAGUUUGAAACUUGGAUCCGGAUUUUUAACGUUAGCAUGGAUGCAUGAAUGUUUCAAAAUCUUGCCCAUGAUUAAUAAUGCUUUUGCAAAGUUGAUGAUGGAGAUUGAGUAUCCGGUUAAUACUUGGGAAUCAAGUUCCGUUGACGAAUAUCUUGAUUGCACUAUUAACUUAUUGGAACUUUUGAAUUCUAUUAGUUCUUGCCUUUCACAUUUGAAUCACGCUCGGGUUUCUCUUACGCAUGCUUUGAGCAUCAUGGAAAGAUCUCCGGAUAUCGCUAUUGAACGAAUGAAAGAGAUCAAGAAACAUGAUUCCAUUAUCAAAGAAUUUAAUGAGAUUAUUGGAGGUGAUGAGAAUAAAAGGAAUAUUAUUGGGAAUGGAAAAGAAUUUAUCUUUCAUGAAGCUAUGUUGGUAAUGAAAAGUAUUGGAUUUUGGGUGUGUGGAGUUGUGUUAUUAGGACUAAAAAGUGACGUUGGGCCGAAUAUGGAGAUCGUGAGGCGUGGCGUAUUCGUGGAUUCAUCGUUGAUGGCUUUGGAUUCAAUCUUUUUAAAGAAGUUUAGGGAAGAAAAGGGGAUGGUGAAGGAAGUUGAAGAAGUGAAUGAGUGUGUCCGGUUGAUUGUUUCGAGUGGAAUUGGUGAUUCUAGUGAUGGAAUGGAACUGAAAAGAAGAUUGGAGGUGGUUGGGAAUGGAUUGAAGGGUAUAAAAGAAGAAGAAGAGGGUCUUUUUGGAAGUGUAAUGGCUACUAGAAAUGAAGUGCUUGAGACACUUAGAAGAAAUAAUCACUAGGAUUUUAAUUUGGUUUAUUUUGUACAUAUGUAUAUUUCAAAAUGUAAAAUUAUGUAUAAUUGUUGUACAAAUAGUAUUUUCAGUUCAUUUCUUGAAUUACGAAAAAAGGGGAAAAAACAAGAAAAUAAAAGUAAAAGAUUUAUUA